UGUGACAAGCAAUUUCAAAUGUCAAUUUUGACAUGAAAACAUUUCGAUCAGCUGUUUUAUUACGUUCUUUUUGUUAUACUUGGGAGUUGAAACAACAAAUUUAUUUAUGCAUUAUAUACUUCGUUUAGGUUAUUCAAGAUCAAUGAGUACGACGGGGUUAAUUACGAAUGCUAUUAGAACUAAGCUUCAAACAGGCUUGCAAGCAAAACACUUGGAAGUUAUAAAUGAAUCCCACAUGCACAAUGUACCUAAAAACGCAGAAACGCACUUCAAAGUUGUUGUGGUAUCAGACAAAUUCGAUGGACUAGCUUUAAUAAAGAGACAUCGACUAGUCAAUGACCUACUGAAAGAAGAGCUUCAGAAUGGUGUGCAUGCUUUGUCCAUAGUUGCAAAAACACCAGAACAAUGGGAAACAAGUGACAAAGUUAUUGAAAGCAGCCCUAAUUGUAGAGGUGGAUUUGGCAAAUAAAAUAAUACAUAACAUUUAGGUAAUUUGAUAAUCUAAAUUUAGACAUUUAAACAAAUAUAUAUAUAAAAUUUAA